CUGCCAUCCCACCAACUCUAGCUACACAACAUUCCUCUGCGACACAUAUUCAAGACAGCCCCGGCCUCCGUCUUCUGCCAAGUGUUUACCCCCUUCCUGUAGAACCGUCCAUCAACAUCUUGGGACGUUCGGAUGGAGGCUACCAUUGGCAUUAGCGCGGCGCGUUGGGGGGUGACUAGGGCGCUGGGCCCUAUCCUGGAUGGCUUGCUGGAGCCUUGGGCGGCCAGCUCCGCGCUCGGCACCAAAAUCCAUGAGCUCAAGAUGGAGCUGCUGUACGCGCAGGGCAUGCUGGACAAUGCCCGUGGCAGGGAUGUCCGCAGCGCCGCACUGGGGCAGCUGCUGCUGGAGCUCCGGCGGCUGGCGUACGCCGCUGAUGAUGCGCUCGACGACCUGGAGUACUUCCGCAUACAGGACGAGCUCUACGGCACGAAAAAGGCCACCGACGAUGAUGACCAGGGUUGCCUCAAAGGCCUCGUCGUCAACGCUCACCACACGGUAAAAACCCAUGCCGGUAAACUCAGUAAGCUCUUAUCGUACCCCUGUACUGCUUGCCAUGAUGAUUCAGAUGAGGAGCAAGAGGAUGGAAGCGGAGGAUGUCUCCCCCGAGCUUGCUCACGUUACUGGGAGAAUGCUCAGGCUGCUAAUGGCGGGUGCGUGCCUAAGGUCGUCUCUUGUGCUCGUGCUAUCGGUAAACGCCUCCCUUGCACCCGCACCGAGCAUGCACCUUUGCUUAAGUUUGAUAGGGUAGAGAUGUCCGAGAGAAUGUCCAAAAUCCUAGAUGAACUCAAGCCGGUAUGUGCCAAAGUCUCCACAAUUCUUGGGUUAGAGCUAUCUGGCAUGAACCGCACCACAACCAAAGAGACUCCUUUGGACCGACCCGAAACCACCCAUCAUAUCAUACAACCUAAAUUGUACGGGAGGGGGAGCCAGAUAGACCAUGUUGUCAAGGACAUUACCGGUAGUAAAUAUUCUACCAACAACCUCACUGUGCUUUCAUUUUACGGCCAGGGGGGUAUUGGUAAGACCACGUUCGCACAACACAUCUAUGAUAAAGCGAAGAGCAACUUCCAGAUCCAUCUUUGGAUAUGUGUCUCCCACGGUUCCAAUGCAAAUAUGUUGGCACGAGACAUUGCAAAACAGAUCCAAAGUAGUUCUGAUAAAAAGGGUAGUGCUGCCCCUUCGGGGGCAUCCGAUAAAAAGGGUAGUGCUGCCCCUUCGGGGGCAUCCGAUAAAAAGGGUAGUGCUGCCCCUUCGGGGGCAUCCGAUAAAAAGGAUAGUGCUGAGGACCAAAUCGAAAUGGCAGUACAAUCUAAACGGUUCUUGCUUGUCCUUGAUGAUAUGUGGACAUAUCAUGAGGAUGAGUGGAACAAACUAUUGGCUCCAUUUAGAAAAGCAGGACCAGCUGGUAACAUCGUUAUAGUCACAACUCGUUUUCCAGGGCUAGCUCAAUCCGUUGCAACGACCGUGGAUUGCUCCACCAAAUUGGACCGUUUAGACUAUAAAGAUAGUAUGGCUCUCUUCAAAGCAUGUAUAUUUGGUGACGACGAGAAACAAUGGGAAGGCCACGAUAAUUUACUUAAAGUAGGGAGUGAAAUAGUGCCCAAGUUGAAGGGGUCCCCCCUUGCAGUAAAAACUGUAGGCAGAUUGCUAAGAACCAAGCUUCAUACAGACCAUUGGAAUAGCAUACUAGAUAGUAAAGAAUGGGAACUUCAGACCAACAAUGAAGAUGUUAUGCCUGCACUACAGCUUAGCUAUAACUAUCUUCCUUUUGAAGCACAACAGUGCUUCUACCAUUGUGUUUUAUUUCGUGAAGAUUACAAAUUUACAGGUCAAGAAUUAAUUCACAUGUGGAUAGGACUAGGGUUACUAGGUAACAGUAAUCAAAACAAAAGAAUUGAAGACAUAGGGCAGACAUAUCUUGAUAUCUUGGUUGAUCAUGGAUUUUUUGAGAUAGGUGAAAAGGAGGGGAAGUUGCCUUAUUAUGUUAUCCAUGACCUUCUCCAUGAGUUGGCAGUCAAAGUUUCAUCAUUUGAAUGCCUUAGUAUUCAUAGUUCUAACAUAAGGUCCACAAAAAUUCUUGCGUCUAUACGUCACUUGUCUAUCACAAUAGAUAACACAGUAGUCACGGAUAGGAAGUCUUUUGAAAAAUUUAGGAUUGACCUGAGCGCACUAGGAAAGAGAUUAAAAGCUGAAAACUUGCAUACCUUGAUGCUAUUUGGAGUGUAUCACGGAAGCUUUCUCAAGACCUUGCGUGACAUGUUUAAGAAAGCAAAAAGCCUUCGUGUUGUUUAUCUUUCCGAGGCAACCUAUAAUUUGAACAAUUUGUUUCACGACUUUUCAAAUCUUGUCCGUCUUCGCUACUUAAGGAUUGAGGGUGUACGUUACUCCACUCCAACAAGUUUACCCAAUAGCAUCUCAAGGUUUUAUCAUUUGAUUGUCCUACAUGCACAUGUAUGGCUCAAAAAAUUUCCACAAGAUGUGAGCAACCUUGUAAAACUUCGUCACUUUGUUGUCGGAGACAAUGGAGAAGUUCACUCUCGCAUUCCUAUGGUGGGAAAACUACAUGCUUUACAAGAACUAAAGAGAUUUGAGGUCAAAAGGGAAACAAAUGGUUUUGGGUUAGAGCAAUUAGGGCCGCUAGAGCUGAGAGGAUCAUUGCGCAUUGAUAAUCUUGAAAACAUACAAUCAGUAGAGGAAGCGGAUGAAGCAAAAUUAGCACACAGAAAGCACUUACACGAGUUAACAUUAAAUUGGAGCGAAAUUAGCACACAGAAAGCACUUACACGAGCUAAUAAAGAAGAAUUGGUUCUUCAAAGUCUAAAACCACACAGCAAUAUUCGAGCCCUACGCAUUAGUGGGAAUGGAGGUGCCACCUGCCCAGAAUGGCUAGGUGUGGAACUGGAUUUGGAACAUCUUCAUCUGGAACGUGUAUCCUGGGGCACACUUCCUCUUCUGGGGAAGACGUGCAUGGUUUACGAACAUGGCAAAGAGUGUGUAGGCUGUGUACCAGGCCAAGGCUUCAAGAAUUUGAAAACUCUAUCACUUGUUGGCAUCGAAGAACUUAUAAAAUGGCGUGGAAAUGGCACCUGUCAUUUGCUCUCUCAUCUAGAAGAACUCACCGUUCAUAGGUGCUAUUUGCUAAAAGAGUUGCCGUUUUCACGUUCUAGCUGCCAUGAAUCUGAACGAGAGGAGAACAUGCUGGCUGUCUUUCCUAAAUUACGAACCCUUAAUAUUUCAAAUUGCCACAACCUACUGCCUUUGCCCUCACUUCCUUGGACCAGCGCUGUGUGCUUUAUUAAAAUAAAAGAUGCGGGUUCAGAUUUUUCGGAGUUAUUUUACACCAAAGAAGCAAACGAGUCUAUAAUUUUGCGUAUUAGCGGGAGGGACCAGGGAAAUGGUUCCGGAGAUAGCACAUUCUGGGACGUGUUGGACUUCAGCAAUCUAACUGAAUUAGAAGAUUGGACGAUCUCUAGUUGCCCUCCUUUGCCGCUGGAUCGCCUCCAAGCGCUGAAAUCCCUGAAGAAGCUUUGCAUAGAGAAUUCGAGUAGUAAUGUCCUAUUGUCGGUUGAAGAAAGGAGCUGUGUCCAGUGCUAUGUCUCAGUUACAGAACUAAAGAUCGGAAACUGUGGCUCUAGUGGGAAGGAACUUACAAAGAUGCUCUCCCAUUUCCCAUACCUGUCACGGUUGUAUUUGCAUAUGCACAGUCGUAAUGGAUUUUCAGGGUUGGGUGUGGCGGAGCCGGAGCAGCACGUGAAUGUAGCUGUCAGGGACGAAGCGGAAAUAACAGCAGACGACUUCACGCUGCUUUUGCCUCCCCAAAUAGAGUUUUUGCAAAUCCUCGACUGUCAACAGCUCAGCGACUGCUCCAUGUCAGCAACAGGUCUCCAAAACAUGCGCUCCCUCCGAACAUUGAAUGUAAGUCAGCUCCACAUGCUCGGCUCCUCAGUUUUGUCUCCUUCUCUCCUUUUCCCAACCUCGCUGCAAACGCUCACUCUUUGGCGCGUGCCGACGAGCUUGACCCUGCCGCCCCUCCCCAACCUCACCGAAUUGACCAUACAUGGGUCGAGCGAUGUAAGAGGUAAGGACUUAUUGCAUCUUCUCCCACAACUCACCGACCUACACAUCGAAGAAAUUGAAAAAUUCUUUGACGGUUUGGACCCAUCAAGGACGUUGUCCGGAAUCCGGAGCAUCUGUACGUGUGACGUUGAAGGGCUUUUGGUUAGCCCCAUCUGCAGCAUCAUCUCCUCCUCCCUCGCGAAUUUAAUACUCCUCGGACGAAAAAACUAUAAUCUGCAGCGCCUCACAAAGGACCAAGAGAAGGCGCUCCUAAUGCUCACCUCCCUCCUUAAACUUGAAAUUAUAUCCUUUUGUAAUCUGCAGUCCGCCCCUGGAGGGCUCAGUGGGCAUCCCAGCCUAAAGCUGCUAAGAUUCAGCACCUGUCGAAACCUCCAAUCGCUGCCCAAGGACAGCCUUCCGGCCUCACUCGAAGAACUAGUUAUCUGGGACUGCCCACGGCUCCGAUCCCUACCCAAAGAAGGCCUGCCGAAUUCGCUGCGACGUGUCAGUGCCCGUGGUACUGAAAUCCACCCGGAGCUAAUAAGGCACUGCCGCAAGCUUCAAGGCACCAUUCCAAUAGUCGAAAUAUAAUCCGGUUCUUCAACCAAUCGCCAGCCUUCCAUUUUACAUCCAUCCCAUGGCCACCGGCGUUUGGUCACCAACCACCAAACCGAUCGCAGGUGACAGUCACAUCCCGUACAGAUUUAUUUACGGAGAAGAAAGAGGCGUGCGGCACAGCUUUCCUUCUUCCGUUAGGUGCUCAUUGGAGAGAAGGCUGGCGAUGGAGCAGGAAGGCAUGAAACCAGCGGCACCGGUGCUUUGUUCAUGGAAGGCGCGACCGGCAGAGGGAGCGGGGCAGGCUGGGGUUACUCCUGCCGCUUGGCGCAAAUCUCGUCGAGCAGCGCUCAGUCUCCGGUUCAUCAACUUCGAUCAGGUUAUUCAUACAUAUCUACUUCCUUUGAGCCUGCUGAAUUCGGUCGUCGUGAUCUGUGCCAAGUUUUGAGGUUCAAACAACACAAGGCAAGCAGUGCUCACAGAAUCAGAUUGGUGCAUCUGUUUUGACCAACAUGAAAGAGACUGCAUAACUUUAACUUGGAAUGCUCAGCCAUCAGCGUCAGCCUACCAAGGAUCGUGGCCGUAUCACUUCUCCAACAGGGUGUUUGAGGUUGGUAUUCCAUUCGAAGUUUAAAUCUGCUGCAUUUGAGACCUGAAAAUUCAAAAUGAUAUAUUUUGUUAUUGUAGUAGAAGAAAUAUAAAACCCCAAAAAGAGUUUCUUUAUUUUAGACUGAAUAAAUGUGCUAACCUCUAGAACAUUUAACACUUGCAAUUACUAGGGGUAGAGAGCAAUUGCCGUCAGGUACUUGGCAGAAAAUACUGGAUAAAUGGUUUAGUGAACCAGCAUUUUCCUGUCUCCUAUAUAAAACCCCAUGUUAAGUGUAAUAAAGUUGAGGUGCUUGGCGUGAUCCAAAAUUGAUUUAAUCCUAUUGCUAGCCUCUUUCUAUAUAUUCUCUUCUUGAAAGUCCACAAAGAUGAGCUUGUAGUUUGGGACAAGGACUAGCGGUAUUAAUCUUGGUUCCAUAUUGUAGUCAGGAAGUUCUUUUGAAGCUGGUCAUUUCUUUUGCGUAUCUUUCUUAUUGCUAACCUCUUCGGCACUUUGCAUUGCACAUCUCACAAAGAGGGAUGUAGCAAACUCCGCAAGUGCAUCCACAUCCCAAGAAAGAAAAGAGGAGUCUAAGUUACAAGAGACUCACCAAUCCACUUGUGUCCACCAUACAUUCCUACACAGCACAUCUUGCUGUUCUGCAGUAGUUGAUUUGCCCAUGCACAUUCAUGCUUCAUAUUGCAUCUUAGCCACAUCUAUCUUCGAUCCAUGCACAUUCAUUAUUCUGUUGGUCUUACAGCACUAAUAUAAUUGCACAAUAUCGGCAUUGCAUGCCAUUGCUGUUGUUCUCCAUGAAUGAAGCUUCGGUCAUUGUAAGGCACGUCUCAACUUUUUACGAGAGAGGAAAAACAGAAACAAGGAAAAAAGAAAAAAAAGAAGAAAAAAGGAAAAAAAGAAAAAAAAGAAAAAAAGAAAAAAUGAAGAAAAAGGAAAAGAAGAAGAAGAAGAAGAAUAAGAGACGUACCAUUUUUUUUUCUUUUAGCGUGGUAUCUUCACAGUGAGAUGAUUUAUUUUCUUUGGCGCAUGCUUCAUCUUGAGUGAUUUAAUUUCCCAUGUGCAUAGCAUGACAAAUCUUCGCGUGGCAAAUCACUACUCCUUGUGCACUAUCUCGGUAACGGGGACAUGAUUAGGCCCCGAGACCACUUUGCAAUGCAUAAGCCUUUCCCAUUCCUUUGUGCGUGUGUCUCCUCUCUUCACAUUAUCUUUCCAGUGACCAGAAUGACUAGACUUUUAGCACUACUUUGGACGAUAAAUUAAUACUGCGACAUCUGGAUUCUAAAUGCUUGCUUAUCCACCAUUACCGAGAUCCACAUAAAAGCCUUUUGCUUAGGGGUAGGGUGUGAGAAGUAGUCUUCAGGUCAAGACACCAAGAGUGAUGAGUGUAAUUUUGGAUCACAAAGAGUGCCUCACUAAAGGCUUGGCUUGGGAGAAUUUUUAUGAGUGCUUGCACUUCACUAUAGGAGGCAAAAACGGGUUGGUGAGCUCUACUGUUUAUCCAUGAAAGUAAGCUGAGUGUCUUGGUGACAUAUUGUUGAAAACCUCGAGGCUUGCCAAGUGUUCGGCAUCCUAGCUCACAUAAUUUGUUAAUCAACCAUUAACACCUUUCGUUUGGCAUUGGAAUAUUGUAACUACUAGCCCAUGCUCACUUGUCGCUUGUUAUAAUAUCAGAUGCAUGAAAUAAUUGAUUCUUGAAGAUCAAGUGGAAUGGAUGACAGUGUUUAGUGAUUAAAAUAUAGUCAUUUGUCUGCGAGAAAACCAUGUCUGCUGAGUGAUGUGCAGGAAAGGUGAAUAAUAUGCAAAGCAAGGCAUAGAAAGUAUAAAAGAGGUACGAUGCAGAGGAAAUUCACCAGCUGGAGCAUUGGAGCCACCUCGAGGAGGCAGAACAGAGUCACACGGGACGAUCAAGCGUGGCCGUCCCACCUGCCCUCGAAUCACAACGCCCAUCUGCUCAUAUAUUCUGCCGGGGACAAUUCCAGAAGGGGGAUGCAGUAACUUCAGAAUUAUGAUCGUAACUGAAGAUUGGGAUCCUGUCAUUUUGGUUCCUGCACUUUUACAUCGAUCAGCAUCUUCUGAGCCAUAAGCAGAUAGGCUAAGAGCAAGAUAUGUACCUAGAGGAGCAUGCCAUGAAUACCAGGAUGCACCUGAUUAAUACCUGAAUGCACCCAGCUAGUACUACUAGACUAUGAUGCAUGUACCCCUGCUGCGGCCCUGCCUCCCCUGCCUAGGGAUCUUGCUUGCCCAUCUUUGUAAACUAGUAGUGUACAACUCUUCAUCAUCUGAAUCAAAGUGCAUCUGGCACCGUGCGGCCAAUCGGCCUGCAGUUUAAACCA